UCGAGACGAUGCUAUGCAAUUCGCGGCCUAUAAACCCCGGAUCUUGAGCGGUGGAAGUGAGUAGACAAUGCUCUUGACUAGACUCCCUCCACUCGGACAACCUGCCCAUUGCUUUCCCGGACGACUCGGUCCUCUCCCGGGUGGAAGAGGGCGAGACCCGCGAGCCAUCGGCGUGGAAGCAAGUCGGCGACACCCUCUCCUAUGUCUCUCGGUACAUGCUGGGGGGGUGCCAGCCCGCUUACCCCCUGCUCUUUACAAAGCAGGACAGGCACGCAUCGGCGGCGAGCAUGGCGGGAGUGUCAUGCCGAUGCAAUAUCGAGCGCCGGAGGUUAUUCUCGAUAUGAAAUGGGGACACCCGGUGCAUGAUUGGAGCGUCGGGCUCUCAGCAUGGAACCCCCCCUCUGCUUUGGCCGGAAACGAGAAGACUCAAUUCGUUGACUUCAGCCAGUCGCUUCUCUGCUGGCUUCCGGGGGACCGGCUCACCGUCGGGAAGGCUUACUACCAUCCUUGGUUGCGACUGAAUUCUUGAGCGGGGACCAUCCUCGCGCCAGGUCGAGUUUGCAAUGCGGCAGUCUAACAAGGAAACGAGGCAUGUUUAACCAAGGACCAUCGACGGAAUAAGUCUGGCAACUUGCCCCAGCGCACGGAUACCUAGCUCCCGCUACGUAGCCGGAAUUAGAGCAAUGGGGAGCCCCCAACAUCCGAUUCGCACAUGCAUACGGCAUGAAUGCUUC